CGCUACGCCUUAAAUGUGAGCUUCCUCCAAAGCCUUCGGCAAUUUUGGUUCCUUGUCGGUUCUCCCGAAGCCUCGUCAGCUAGCCACAUAUUCCACUUUCGCUCUUGCGAACCUCGCGCCCUAGCUUCGUAUAAACGAGCCCGUUCGUCUAGCCAUGCUUAGCAAAUUCACAACACAAAUCGCAUUGCGGAAAGCCGGACUGGGCGGCGUAAAGAUCCCGGAUCCAUUCGCUGCCAGCGACUCGAAGAGCUCGAAAGGCGCCCAGGAUUCAGAAGGAGGAGGCAUUUCGAACCCAUUCGCCAACGUUCAAUGGGGUGCGCCAAAAGCCUUCGCUUCUUGGACGACACCGCCCCCAACUCAGAAUCCAGUGCGAUCAGCGCCGAUUGCAGGCGACAGGGCGCAAACUAGUGUGAAGCUACGGUUCCCUGCAGUCGAUGGGAGGCCUUGUGUGGUGUUGUUCCUGAGAUAUUGUGGCUGUCCUUUCACAGAGAAGCUGUUCCUUCAGCUGCGAUCGUUAGCCAACCGACAUACCUCCAUACACUUCGUCGUCGUAUCACAUUGCACACAAGCUGCGACCAACGAAUGGCUGAAAAGGAUGGGUGGACCGUGGAUGACCGAUAUCAUAGUGGAUGAAAAGAGGGGAUUGUAUGCUCUGUGGGGGCUGGGGAUUUCGAAUUGGGGCCAUCUACUCAAUCCGAGGAAUGGAUACAACCAGUAUAUGCUGGGUAAGAAGGAAGGCGUCUGGGGACAACAAGUCGGAGAAGGAGGUUGCAGAUGGCAGACAGGAGGUGCAUACGCCAUUGACGGAAGGGGUAUUGUGAAAUGGGCAUACCCUAUGAAGAGUGUGGACGAUCAGAUACCCAUCGAAGACGGUAUCAAAGAGCUUGGUUUCAAUCGUUGAGAAGAUACCCAAUAAGAAUGUUUCAACUGCUCAAUCACGUUGUGGUUGAGUUGAGCAAUGCAUACUAAUCGAAUACUCACAU